AUGGCGCAAGAAGGGACUCUACUGACUCCGCAACCCUACACCGAUGACCAGGCGUCUAUGCGUGCGGAGGAGGAAGAUGCCCUCCUCACGGGCGAGCGGACCCGAGGCCGUGAAGAGCGCCGAGGCUGGGCCUUCUGGCGACAGAUUGGACUGUUCGCGUGGGCAGUCAUCGCAACAAUCCUGGUGAUCGUGCUAGCUGUUGUAUACCAGCAUGAGAGUCACCGUGUUCCCAAGGUGCCCGCGCAUCUGCCGAAGGAUUCCUGGGGCCCUGACGGCAAGCCCACGGGCAAGCGCAACCUGAUCUUCAUGGUCUCUGACGGCAUGGGCCCGACUAGUCUCUCGUUGACCCGUUCUUUCCGACAGCACGUUGAGGGCCUGCCUAUCGAUGACAUCCUUGUCCUGGACCAACACCUUAUCGGAACCUCCCGUACUCGCUCCAGCUCCAGCUUGGUCACCGACUCGGCGGCCGGCGCUACUGCGUUCUCUUGCGGCCUCAAGAGCUACAAUGGUGCUAUUUCGGUGCUGCCAGAUCACUCGCCCUGUGGGACUGUCUUGGAGGCAGCCAAGCUUGCGGGCUAUAAGACUGGUCUUGUCGUGACUACUCGUCUGACAGACGCAACUCCGGCUUGCUUUGCGUCGCAUGCGAACCUGCGACAGUAUGAGGAUAGUAUUGCUGAGCAGGAAGUUGGAGAACACCCUCUUGGCCGUGUUCUCGAUCUCAUGAUGGGUGGUGGGCGCUGCCACUUCUUGCCCAACAGCGCGGAAGGGAGCUGUCGUGGUGAUAACCGGGACAUCAUCGAUGUUGCAGCAAAGAAUGGCUUCAACUACGUGAAUAGCCGUGCUCAGUUCGAUGCUCUGAAUGGCGGUGUUGAUGCCAAGCUUCCGCUCCUGGGUCUCUUUGCGGACAAGGAUAUCCCUUAUGAAAUCGAUCGUCGAUCCCAGAACGAGACUUACCCGUCUCUGGAGGAGAUGGCUCGCACCGCACUCAAGGCGCUCAGCGAUGCCACCCGAGACAGCGAGCAAGGAUUCUUCCUGAUGAUUGAGGGAUCUCGUAUUGAUCACGCUGGGCACGGCAACGACCCUGCGGCUCAGGUCCAUGAAGUUAUGGCAUACGAUAGGGCAUUCUCCGCGGUCUUGGAUUUCUUGGAAGAGGACUCUACCCCUGGCGUCCUCGUUGGUACAUCGGAUCACGAGACUGGUGGACUGUCCGCUGCCCGGCAGUUGCACACGUCAUACCCUGAUUAUCUGUGGUAUCCCGAGGUCCUCGCCAAGGCUAGCCACUCCGGUGAAUACGCAGACAGCAAGCUGCGCGAAUAUAAUGCUCAGUCUGGCAAGGACGCCAGCACGAAUGACAAGAAAGAAUACGUUCGCUAUAGCAUUUUGGAGAAGGAUCUGGGUAUUACCGAUCCCACUGAUGCUGAGUUAGACGCCAUCGUCAACCCUCAGCCCGAUAUUUCCCCAGCAUAUGUCUUUGCCGAUAUGAUCUCCCGUCGAGCUCAGGUUGGCUGGUCUACCCAUGGCCACUCCGGUGUCGAUGUCAAUAUCUACGCAUCAUCCUCCAAGGGGGCCUGGCCUUUGGCGGGUAACCACGAGAACACCGAAGUCGGCAACUUCCUUGCUGACUACCUCGAUGUCGACGUGGCCAAUGUAACGAAGCAUCUACAAGACGCCGCGUCGUGGAAUCCUUUUGGCAUGCGAUCCGCCGAUGGAGACUAUGCCUGGUUGGGUGAUCCAGUGGGCUCAGAUGUCGGCACCGACAGUCUUGAUACUUACCACGGCGAUUUUAGAAAACGUUCGCUUGCCGAAUGCGGCUGCGGUGGGGUUCACUGA